ACUGGAGAAGGAACGUGCGAUUGUCAAAUGCUCUUUCCUGAUAGGCUCUAUGUAUUAGGAUUUUGCAAUCCCCCAUCCAUAUAAAAAAUAAAUCCUGGCCUUAAGAUGAUGUAGAUGGAAGAAACGCCUGAAAACAGACCCUAUAUUCCUAAGGCUUCUGCUGCUGUAGGAAGAGAACAUUGUCUGCUGAAGCAACAGUGAUUAAUUUUCUUGAAAAAUGGAGACCUGGGUCAUGCAGCAUAGCCCAGAGAUUUGCGCCCAGGUUGUGGCCAUGGCGGAGGAUUUCCUGCUGAGGCAACAGGAGAAGGAGAGAUGGGAGCAAAAGGUGAUGAUUGAAAAUAUUUCUGACACGGAGCAGUCUCCAUCUGACACAGAAUGCAAACAGCACUUUAAGAAGGAGGAAGGGGAAGAUACAGUCUCACUUGGUGAUGAACAGUUGAGUGAGGAUGAAGAAGAAGAGGAAGAGGACGAGGACAACCUCAAUCUAGAAGAGUCAGAAUCAGAUGAGCUAUCUUUUGGAGGUGACAUAUCAUGGCGUGUUGCAGAAGCAUCUGGAAGUCACAAGAUCCCAGAUAUAAGGGAAGAUGGAAAGUACGCAGAGAAAAGAUUUGAUAGCUCUCUCCAAACAUAUGACAAAGGCCACUGGGAUCUGAAAGAACCCAGAGUCCAAGCAAGAAUCUAUAACUAUGGGGGAGUGAAGAUGUGCAUGGACUGUGGGAAAACCUUCAAGCAAAGUUCAAGCCUAUAUAGGCACCGGAGACUCCACACUGGAGAGAAACCAUACGGGUGUCCGGAGUGUGGCAGAAACUUCAGCCGCAAGUCGCACCUCAUUGCUCAUCAGAGGACCCAUACGGGGGAGAAGCCCUAUGACUGCAUGGAGUGUGGGAAGAGCUUCAGCCGGAAGUCACAUCUCACCACCCAUGGGAGGAUCCACACUGGGGAGAAGCCAUAUAAAUGUGGGGAGUGUGGAAAGUGUUUCAGCCAGAGUUCAGCCCUUGUGGCUCAUGAGAGGUCCCAUACUGGCGAAAAGCCAUUCACUUGUCCCGAUUGUGGGAAGACUUUUCACCGGAGAUCAGGUCUCUCAGCACACGAGAGAACGCACACGGGAGAAAAGCCAUACAGAUGCACGGAGUGUGGCAAAACUUUCAGCCAAAGCUCCGGCCUUUUGGCCCAUGAGAGAACCCAUACAGGAGAGAAGCCGUACAGGUGUAGCGAGUGUGGGAAAAGCUUCUGCGAGCGCACUGCCCUUGUCCGACAUUUGAGAACUCACACGGGGGAGAAGCCGUACACUUGUGCUGAGUGUGGAAAGAGCUUCAGCCAGAGUUCGGGCCUUUUGGCGCAUGAACGGACCCACACUGGGGAGAAACCUUACAAAUGCUCAGACUGUGGAAAAAGCUUUGGGCAUCGCUCUGACCUUCUCAGGCACCAGAGGAUUCUCAAAAGGGGGAAGCCAUAUAAAUGCUCAGAGUGUGGGAAAAGUUUUGGCCGUGGCUCCGACCUCCUCCAGCAUCAACAGAUCCAUACAGGGGAGAAGCCCUAUAAAUGUUCUCAUUGUGGGAAGUCUUUCAGCUGGCGGUCAAACCUGAUUAAACACGAGAGGAUCCACACAAGGGGGAAAACAUUGAGUGGUGUAGUCUGAGUGUGCAAACACCUGUCUUCAGAUAUAAAGCAGUCCAGGCAGAAGGGCCACUGUGCCAAAUAUUUAGACCAGGGAUCCUCAAACUUUUUAAACAGAGGGCCAGGUCACAGUCCUUCAAACUGUUGGAGGGCCGGAUUAUAAUUUGAAAAAAAAAAACAUGAACGAAUUCCUAUGCACGUUGCACAUAUAUUAUUUGUAGUGCAAAACACCCCUUGAAAUAAUACAAUAAUUAAAAUGAAGAACAGUUUUAACAAAUAUAAACUUAUUAGUAUUUCAACGGGAAGUGUGGGCCUGCUUUAGGCUGAUGAGAUAGGAUUGUUGUCAUUGUUGUGCGCUUUCAAGGCAUUUCAGACUUAGGUUGACCCUGAGUGAGGACCGGGUAAAUGACCUUGGAGGGCCGUAUCCAACCCAUGGGCCUUAGUUUGAGGACCCCUGAUUUAGACCAUGGAAAUUUUAACCACAGUCAGAAAUGACUACUUGCUGCUUGUCAGUAAACAGAACUGUUUGGGAGAGAUUUUCACCAAAAAAAAUGAUUUCAGGAGCAACUUCAGUUUUUACUUGUGUCAAUGGAGAAAACAUGUAUCCACUGUUUUUGUGAUUUUACAGUUGCAUCUCUCAUAUUGAUGGGUUCAACAUUAUUCACCGAUUUGAUUAAUGUGGUCUCUCUAGAAGACACUGUCCCAGGUACAAAUGGAUGUUAGACCAACAUGCCAUAGAACAAACCCAAUUAUUUAAGUACUUGGGAAUUGUUUUUAGUCAAACUCUUUCCUGGAAACAUCACAGCGAAGCAGUGAAGCUGAAAGCUCAGAAAACAGUAGGUGCCCUAAUGAAAUUCUUCUAUACACAAGGUGGCCAGCUGAUAGAACCUGCCCUUAAAAUUUUCAGCAGUCAAGUACUAGC